AGAUAGAUUAUCGUACUAGGACCAAACCAACAAAAGCAUAAUAAUCGUACUAUUACCUCUCAACUUCCAACAAUUUAACCCUGGUUAACCUUUUUAACCCUAGUUAACACUAAAAACCACACUCCUCGUUUGUUUACACUUUUGCAGCAGCAGUUACAACCUCAUAGGUAGAAAAGCGCAAACGCCGUUCUUCUUUCUUUUCAUUCUCCACACCUUCAUUUCAUUGCAAAAAAAAAAAAAAAAAAAUCCUAGUUUUUCCCAAAGGUUUGAAACAUGUUUCAUAUGUUUAAACUCUUUGUUUACUUAUGAUGUUUGUUUUACCAUUGUUGUCUCUUCAAUCAUUGUCCUUUGUUUCUUCAUGAAUCUUAGUUUUGGUUUCAUUGUUUCUGAGAGUUUUUGGAACUCAAAAUUGAAUUUUUUUGAGAUCUGAGAUUGAGGGUAUUAAUUUGAAGUUCUGGGUUUUGUUGAUUUUUGUGUAAAGUUGAGUUUUUUUUUUGGAUUUUGGUAUCUGGGUUUUGGUUUGAAGAUGAAGAUUGAAGUGGGUUUAGGAGGAAAUAGGUUAUGGAAUGAAGAUGAAAAAGCUAUGGUGGUUGAAGUUUUAGGUGUUAAUGCUUUUGAUUAUUUGGUUACAAAUUCAGUUUCAAAUGAGAAUCUUUUGACAGCAAUUGGGAGUGGUGAGAAUCUUGAAAACAAGCUUUCUGAUCUAGUUGAAAGAUCUAAUGUUUCGAAUUUCAGUUGGAAUUAUGCGAUAUUUUGGCGAAUUUCUCAGUCAAAGUUUGGUGAUUGGGUUUUAGGUUGGGGAGAUGGGUGUUGUAGGGAACCUAAAGAGGAGGAAAAGGAACAAAAUUUGGGGUUGAAAAGUGUUGUUGAAGAUGAAAAGCAACAAAGAAUGAGGAAAAGGGUGUUGCAGAAGCUUCAUGCAACAUUUGGUGGUUUAGAUGAUGACAAUUAUGCUUUUGGAUUGGACUGUGUGACCGAUACGGAGAUGUUCUUUCUUGCAUCAAUGUAUUUCUCUUUUCCUAAUGGACAUGGUGGACCAGGUAAGUGUUUUGCAUCUGGGAAGCAUUUGUGGUUAUGUGAUGCAUUGAAAUCCAGUAGCUCUGAUUAUUGUGUUAGGGCUUUUUUGGCUAAAUCUGUUGGAUUUAAGACUAUCGUUUUAGUUCCUACUGAUUUAGGUGUUGUUGAAUUGGGUUCUGUUAGAACGGUUGGUGAGAGCGUUGAAUUGUUGCAAACUAUUAAAUCUGUGUUUUCGACACAAUCAUCGUUUGCUAGGGCUAAGUCGAUUUCAUCGUUGGAUGGAAAGAGAGAUGAGAAUUCUCCUUUUUCUUGUUUGAAAGUUGGGGAGAGUGUUAAGAACAAUAGUAAUAAUAAUGGUAAUCUUCAUCUUCAUCAUCAGAAUAAUAAUAAUCAUGGUAGAGUUGAGGGGAUUGGAGUUCCCAAGAUUUUUGGGCAGGAUUUGAACUCGGCCACACAUUUUCGGGAGAAACUUGCUAUUAGAAAAAUGGAUGAUAGACAAUCAUGGGGAGGCCGUCCGAAUGGGAAUGGAAUUAGUUUUCCAAAUGGUGUUCAUGGUUCAAGUUGGAGAGGUAGUCAAGUUGUGAGGCAGCAUGCGCCUGUCGAUGUUUUUGCUCCUAGGCCUUCAUCGAGCAAUGCAGCCGAGCUAGCAAAUGGUGGGAGGCAAGAUUUCGUGCUCAACAACUAUCAACAGCAACGGAAGCCACAAAUGCAAAUUGAUUUUUCAGGAGCCACAUCGAGACCUUCAGUGAGAUCAAUUGUUGGUGAAUCGGAGCUUUCUGAUGUUGAAGCUUCUUGCAGAGAGGAGAAUCCCAGUCCCUCCGAUGAUAGGAGGCCAAGGAAACGUGGCAGAAAGCCAGCAAAUGGAAGGGUAGAACCCCUCAAUCAUGUGGAGGCAGAGAGGCAAAGACGCGAGAAGCUAAACCAGCGUUUUUACGCAUUACGAGCUGUUGUGCCGAAUAUUUCCAAGAUGGACAAAGCAUCUUUGUUGGGAGAUGCUAUUGCUUACAUCAACGAGCUUCAAGCAAAACUCAAGACCAUGGAAUCUGAGAGAGAGCAAUUAGGAAUCACUUCUAGAGAUGGAUCAUCAUCGGCACCGCCGGCAAACUCUAGAGCAGAAAAUCCUCAAAGUAGAGCUCCUGAUAUCGAUAUUCAAGCUGCACAAGAUGGAGUUAUCGUAAAGGUGAGUUGUUCUAUUGAUGUUCAUCCUAUUUCAAAAGUCAUCCAAUCAUUCAAAGACACCGAAAUCGAUAUCGUUGAGUCGAAACUCAAUGCUGCAAAUGAUACUGUCUUCCACACAUUCAUAAUUAAGUCACAAGGUUCCGAGCAGCUGACAAAGGAGAAGUUGAUUGCAGCAUUUUCCAAAGAAACCAACUCCUUAUAGCCUUAGUUCAUAUUCAUGAUACAUAGAGAAGAACAAACAAAUCUGCAUUUUUUUCUCAGAAAUUUUGCUUUACAACAGAGGAUUUAAAACAAAUGCAGUGUGAUCUAGAGAAGUAGAAUAAUAGGCAAUAGCUCCUAUUAACCGUGUAGGAUAGCAAAUUUAUGUUUGUCUAUAGUAUACACAGUUUAUUUAUCAUAAGUAUUAUUGUUGCAAGGUCAAUUGUUUUCUUCACUUUAACCAAUCUAUAGCAUUUAUUUUGGUCAUAUGGUUUUUUUUUCUUUCUUGUAUUCUACUAAGUUCUGUGCAUAGCAGCAAAGUAUUAGUUAAUGGUUUUCUUUUGUCA